CUCCCUAAACGUACACCGAACGACGCUAUACUCCGGCCACUUUUCAUCGUCGACUUUCCCGUCGGUUUCUCCGGCCUGGUCUCAAUUCAAUUAGAAUUUUACGGGACUCGUUGAACGCGCCAAAACGACCUCCAGUCAGACAUUUUCAAUGGUGACGUUUCCUCGUGAAUUCUGACAAACCUUCCUCCUACCAACGGAUACUCUUCAGGGUGUACCGUCGACUUGUUCCGAGAUAUCCAUGAGAAUUUUUCAUUUCUAAGUGAAGUGUCGGUGAACGGGUUUCGCUUAGGAUACGUGUACGGUUUUCAUCUGGAAGAAUCCUUCGUUUGGAGUACUUGGUAACAGUGAACGAUCAAUCCCUUUACUUCACCUUUGUCUUCGGGGUUGAUUCGUGAACAGAUAGUGAGAGUGUCUAUCAGUGGUUACAGAAAGCUUGGAAUCUGAUCGAUCACAAUCGUUUGACUAUAAACGAGAUGAUUAUGAUGAUGAUCAUGAUGAUUAUGUGGUUAGUGAAGAGUACGUGAUGAAGAUUCCAGUGAUAUGUGCUGUUCUGUGAUAAGAAUGUAACCAGAUUGACUUGAGAAUCGAAGGAAAGUCUGUUUGAAAGAUGCAGUCGACUUGUCAGCAACAACAGGCUCAACCGGGUCAAAAUGGGACCUCGGCUAGUAGAACGUCGUUCUUGAUCGAGGACAUUCUGAGCCGCAGCACAGCACAACCGCACUCCCCUCAUCAUCAACCUUAUCAUCAACAUCUAACGUCCAAUCAUGGUGUGCAACAUCAACAAUACCAGCAAUUCGCUAGUUUAUUACCUGGCUACCAUUCGGCACCACCUACAGCUGCUUUCUUUUUGGGACCACUUUUUAGUAACACUGCUAUGGGGGUCGGAGUGGUUCCGGGGGUUAGUGAACUGGCGGCCUUGAAACACUGCCGUCGACGGAAGGCAAGAACAGUGUUCAGUGAUCAACAAUUAGCGGGUUUGGAAGCUAGAUUCGAGGUGCAGAGGUACCUCAGCACCCCGGAAAGGGUCGAGCUUGCGGCGGCACUUCACCUCUCGGAAACCCAAGUGAAAACGUGGUUUCAAAACCGACGAAUGAAGCACAAGAAACAAUUAAGAAAAUUGAGCACAAGCGGAGGGAGCAACGGGAAUCAGAAUUCUAAUCAGCAAUGCACCGGUCAAUCUGUUUCCGUCUCAUCGCCGGCGGAAAGACCAGUGGAUUUCUCGUUGAACGGGGGCCGAGAAUCUAGAGCGAGCAGCGACGCACCGAUCGACUCGGACGACGAUGAAAUCGACGUUCUAGGCGACGAGACACCGUCGCCGACACGAAAUAAUAAUAUUCACAUGUCCAGACACAAUGGUUCACCGACGAGUUUUCAUCAAAUCACGCACCCCCAUUCGGUUACCCUGUCACAUCAACCAGGACAAACUAUUCAACGUCAGCAUCGCUGAAACCAAUUACUCCAAGGAUACUAUUCCUUCGGAAGUAAAAUAAUAUUUUAAAUGUACCUAAGCGUACAAGAAACGACAGACUUGGAAAAAGAAGUUCAAUAAUUUAGUGAACAGUGAAAAAUAAUUUGGAUCUUAUCAAAGAUUCUCCUUAUUUAUUUAACGUGCAAUUAUAGUUUAAAGAAUAAUUAACUUUAUUAAAUGUAUAGCUAUUCUUUGUGCAAAUUAAAAAAAGAAAAAAAAACUGUGGUGGAUUUACAAAAGUCAGACACAUUUUGUAAAGACAAAUUCUUCUUCAAUUAUUCAAAUUCUUGGUAUAUUUAACUUUUUAUUAACUACAAUGUGCACCUGCGAUCAAAUCAGGCUUUCCUAGGAAACCUGGUGGUGCCCCGUGUUCCUACCUUCCCGGUAGGCAUCCGCGGGAAGAAUGACAGCCUAGCGAAAGGGGCCCUAUAUAUAUAGACCUGCGGCGGACCGCCACUUGCAUACUAACAUUCGCGCGGGAAAGUUUGAAUUAAUAUCAACUUUGUAAUUCGUAUUUCUCAGUUAUAUAUUAAAUUCUAUAAUAUUUAAUAAUUAAAAGCUGUAUUAUAUUUUAUAUAUCGUCAGAAUGAAGAGUCUGAAAAUCCCUGCUUCCUUUAAAUCACCAUUUUCCCUAGGGAAGGCUGAUUUGAUCGCGAGUGAACCAUCAACUGUGUCAUAAGUGUAUAAAACCAAAAAAUAGAGUCGUAAGGAAGAAAACAUGUUUCCCUCCUUCUUAUUGUUCAAUUAUCGAGGUGGUCAGUGAAUCAAAGAAGAUUGUGAUGGAAACAAAUAUCGACGAGCGGUAUUGUAAAAUAUGAACGAUGUAAAAUUUGUUAAGUGAUUCGCGAGCAAGGAUAAUGUAGAAAAUUGUAAACGUGUAAAUGACUGUCUUAAUGAUCACUCGUGAUACUUUUUAUAGCGAAAUGCCGUAAUA